UCAAUAUCAACUGGAGUUUCGGCCAGCAGGAAGUGGGUGCAUUAGACGAGCCGAACAGGACAGAGCCAGUCAGGAUCGGCAUCCCCGUGGGGACAUCCUCCGCAGACCCAAAAAUCCCCUCGGCAAGAUUCCGACUAUGACGACAAGCCGUCUUGGCUGGGGUUGAACGAGGCCGUGAAUAUUGAUUACUCGUCCGUUAAAUCCUGUGGGGGUCUUCGGCAAAAGGUGCUCGGGGUAUCCGACACCGAGAUGGUUCUUCAAAACCAGGGAAUGAGGAUGAGGGAAUCUGUCUGUGGGAAUGAUGAUGUCGAUGCCAAUUGCGAGGGGCCAAUGUAGAAGUAUUUAAACGUAGAGACUUGGCCAGAAGCCGGCACAAGUCAUCGAGUAGGCAGUCGGAGAAUAUCGACCAGUUCUCAAGAUGAGGCUAUAUUCGCUCCCACUCCUCGCGACCGCCGCUCUGGCGAUUCCUUAUUCCGAGUAUAUUCUGGCACCCUCGUCUAGAACCCUCACUCCUCCCUCCAUCUAUCGCACCGAGGGUUCAGUGUCCAAUGCGUCCUCUUUGCUGCACGAGAACAGCACCACUCCGACGACCCUCCACGGAAAAUCCUCCAUCACCUUCGACUUCCAAAAGAACAUCGCCGGUCUUGUCUCCCUCGAUGUUUCCGAUUCCUCCGCGUCCGACGCCUUCAUCGGCGUGACCUUUUCCGAGUCCAGCCUCUACGUGAGCAGCGAGGCCUGCGAUGCCACCGCCGACGCCGGGCUGGACAGCCCCCUCUGGUUCAACGUCGGUGCAGGAUCAGGCGUCUACACAGCCGAGGAAAAGCACGUCCGCGGUGGCUUUCGCUAUAUGACGAUCGUGAGCAACACGACUGCCGACGUGUCUUUGAACAGCGUCACUGUCAACUUCACUGCGGCGCCCAAACAGGACCUGACGGCGUACACUGGGUAUUUCCACUGCGACGAUGAACUGCUCAACCGGAUCUGGUACGCCGGCGCAUACACCAACCAGCUCUGCACCAUCGACCCGGAGAUGGGCAACUCGCUCGUCUGGUACCAGAUCAUCAACAAGACGCAGACCAUCGAGCUACCCGAGACGGUCGACUGGUGGAGCAACUACACCAUCUCCAACGGAUCCAGCGUGCUCACGGACGGUGCGAAGCGGGAUCGCCUGGUCUGGCCGGGCGAUAUGUCCGUCCAGCUGGAAGUCGUGGGCGUGAGCACGUACGACCUGUAUAGCAUGCGCAACGCGCUGGAGCGGCUUCUCGUACUGCAGAAAGCAGACGGCCGACUCCCGUACGCCAGUCCGCCGUAUGCCGACACUGUCAGCUUCACAUACCACUGCCAGAGCCUGGUCGGCAUUUACUUCUACUACCUGUACUCGGGCGACCGAGCCUGGCUGGCGCGUCACUGGACUCAGUUCAAGCUGGGAGUCGACUGGGCCCUGGGCAGCGUGGACGACUCUGGUCUGGCAAACAUCACCGCCAGCUCGGACUGGUUGCGCUUCGGAAUGGGCGGACAUAACAUCGAAGCCAACGCCAUCCUCUACUACACCCUCAACCAAGGCCUGACCCUCUCCAGCCUCCUCAACGACACCACCCCCCAACAAAACUGGACCCGAACAGCCUCCCGCAUCAAGUCCUCCGCAAACCACCUCCUCUGGGACGCCUCCGCCGGCCUGUACAUCGACAACCAAACGACCACCAUGCACCCCCAAGACGGCAACGUCUGGGCCAUCAAGGCGAACCUCACCAACUCGACCACUCAAUCCACACAACUGACCCGCGCCCUACGCUCCCGAUGGGGACCCUACGGCGCACCAGCCCCAGAAGCCGGCGCCACCGUAUCCCCAUUCAUCAGCAGCCUGGAGCUGCAAGCGCACUUCAUGGCCUCGGACGCGCAGUCGGCGCUCGACCUCAUGCGUCGCUCGUGGGGCUUCAUGCUCGACGACCCGCGCAUGACUAACUCCACCUUCAUCGAAGGGUUCAGCACCAACGGAUCCCUGCAUUAUGAGCCGUACGCAAACGACCCGCGCGUAUCGCAUGCGCAUGGCUGGGCGACGGGGCCGACGAGCGCCCUGACGCACUACGCGGCGGGGCUGAGGAUCACGAAGGAUGCGGGACAGGAGUGGGAGGUUGCGCCGCAGCCGGGGGAUUUGAAGAGCGUGCAUGCUGGGUUUGAGACGGUGAAGGGGCAGUUUGCUGUUAGAUUCGAGAGGGAGAGUAAUGCGACGGAGGCGGGAUAUCGGAGUUUGGAGUUGAGGACGCCGCGCGGGACGGUCGGGACGGUGAGGUUGCCGGGUGUCGAGGGGGAGUUGGUGAGUGGGAAUGGGACGACGGUGAGGUUGAGGAGUGGUAAGGUUAGUGGUUUGGAGGGUGGAAACUGGCGGUUGGUGAGGAGGUAG